CCACAUCAAUUGCGCCCGGCCACGUGCACUUGUUUGUCGCAUCCUGCAUUUUUGACUGGCCCUCUUGCAUUUCUCGUCCACCACGAUGAAGUCUCUCGACCGAUGGUAGAGGAGCAGAGGACAAUCCACGCCCCCUGCCACAGAUGCCGCAACUUCUGCGGACAGCCUUUUCCACCACAGACCAGCUCAUAGCAGCUCCUGCUCCAAUUCACCUUUGAAAAACUGCAUCGAGGUGUGCAGUCAGUUCUAUCUCCUCAUCAUAAAGAGCUCUCAUCCUGGAGCCACGAGGCUAGAAGAUAAAUACGAGCUUUGGCACAACAAGGUCACUGUGGUCGGCGACGGUAUCCGGUAUCGACAGGUGUUGUACUUCAACUUGAAGCUACUCACAGCUUGCCGCGAGAUCUGGAUGGUACCAAAAGAAUUAUCACCAUACCUGUCCUCGUUCAGAGUUGUGGACCCUGAUGACAGCAUCUGGAUUGCAAAGGAGUGGAUCCAAGAACGCAGGUCAUGCCAUCAUAAAACAUGCGAGAAUACCGCCAGGAAGCAUCCGAUGAGUCUAAAAGUGAUAGAUCGUAGUAUGAGAGAAUUACGGAUUCUGCGGAGAACAGCCCUUAUGUCUGCCUCAGCUAUGUCUGGGGUAUCCCGGCAAUUCGUACAAGACAAACAAGGGGGAUCUGCGAAUCUGCCAAGGUCUAUGGAGGACGCAACAUAUGUAAUAUCAAUACUCGGCAUGCGGUACCUGUGGGUCGAUCGAUAUUGUAUCGAUCAAGCAAACGACGCUGAGAAAUAUCACGCCAUCAGUCACAUGGAUGUUAUCUAUCAAGAUGCUACUGUCACAAUCAUAGCUGCGGCCGGAGAUAGACCUCAUGCAGGCCUUCCUGGCAUCAGAGGGACGCCGUGUGCCCAAUAAUACGAGAUAGCCAUUGAUCAAAAACCGCAUACAGUCUUUGAGAAUCCGAGACUGGAAAUACCAAAAACGACGUGGAGCAGCCGUGGAUGAACUUACCAGGAAAUGCCUAUUGUCGCGCCGCCGUCUUGUCUUCACUCACUCGCAGGUCUACUUCCAGUACAACCGUAUGGACUGUGGAGAGCUGAUCACGACCAAAUUCUGAAGGUCACCGGAUCGAUUGAAUCUGUGAGGGCAUUUCCUCAUCUGCAGACCGCGUUUGC